AUGCCUUCUGUUGCAACACCUUCUGCCACUCUCUCGUCACACUCUUCUUCGCAAAAGAAGUUCAACACAAUCUCAGCUUUGUCAAACAAGAGCAACACUUCUGCGACAACUAAUGCGGCUGGAACAACAACGCGGGCGAGUGUUAAAGGUCUAUUUGAGAAACAACAAAGUACAGAUGGAGUGACAUCAAAGACGCCUUUAUCAGCAUUGAAUGGACAUUCACACUUUUCAGGAUCAUCGAACAAGAGAAAUCUCUUUAGUCCUGAAGCGGCGGCCGCUGUUGCAAGGGAGGAUGGACCAUGGAGUGUAAGUGUUGCUGAAGCACAACAAGGAACACAUUCAGAAAAACGUGAUCUGUUGCGAAAGAAAGCAAAACCCAGUGCUCAUCUUUAUACGCUUUACGUCACCACACCAACCCAUAAUCUCACUUUGAUUCGAUCAAGUACAGAUUUGGUCGAAUUGGAUCAACGGAUACGUGAAAAUCAAUCCUCUUCUGCUAGUGGUAUACCUGCUUUGCCUUCUUUGCCAGUUGCUCAAGCUGCUCCGACAGGUCGCAAAUUUCUACAAACGAUCUCAAGAACACUUUCACCCAGUGGACAUAAAAAUCGAUCUGGAUUAUCUCAAUUGACAAGUGCAAACAGCGGAUCAACGUUAGACCCGGCCUCUCUAACAGCUUCUCCGAGCAAAGAGGCAUCGAUCCCUUCUGCUCCUAUCUCGCCGGCAAAGGAAGAUCCAAGCAGUGUUGGAAGAUCGACUGCUCAUUCUACCACAACACAAUUGGCAACCUACUUGACAACAAUUUCGAAUUUACCUUUGGUGAAAAGACACAAAGCAUGGAAAAGAUUUGUACGUGUAGGCUCGGAUGAUUUGGAAAGUGUUCGUGUUGAAAGAAGAGUACGCAAAAUCCGAAGCGAUUUGGCCAAACAUGUCAAAUCUGCCGUUGCCCCUGCUAAUACAAACGUAGCUGCUACGCCAAGUCAUAGCGAUAUCGGAGAAGAAGGUGGACGGACAGACGAUGAUCGAUCUUUCAGUGGUCGUUCAACCAGUCACUCUUUCCGUGCAGAUAGACAAGAUGCCUCUGGCGGAGCAAGAUCUUCUUCAACUGACGGCGAACGUUCUAAUCGAGGAGAUGAAGUGCGCAAGAACAAAAAUUUUGCAGGCAUCCCCGAAGAAAAUGAAAAACAGGAGAUCGUCAAGGGUGACGAUGCAAACAACGGCGCUGUAGCUUCUUCAUCCCGCUCCGCCAACGAUCCAGCAAAUUCGCACAAACGUGAGAGAAGACAAAAGAAGCGCACAGAUGAAAAGGUAACUGUGGAUGAUUUCGAUAUGAUUCGUGUUCUUGGUAAAGGUUGUGCCGGCAAGGUUUUGCUCGUACGACACAAACCUACUAAAGGACUCUUUGCUAUGAAAUCAAUUCACAAACGACAUGUUCUGGCUCAUCAAGAGUUGCAACACACUCUCACCGAACAAGCAGUAUUGAAACGAAUGGCGAAAGAGGUCAUGGACCCCUUUGUGGUCAAAUUGUGGUGGAGUUUCCAUGACGUUAAUAAUCUUUACUUGAUUAUGGACUUUCAUCCGGGUGGUGAUUUGGCAACCCAAUUGUCCAGAUGGGGCAGAUUAGGUCGGGAUCGUGCCCGUUUCUAUGCAGCUGAGAUCGUCGAAGGUGUUGAAGGUCUACAUCGAGCUGGCGUGAUUUAUCGUGAUUUGAAGCCAGAAAAUGUGCUCAUUGGUGUAGACGGACACAUCGUAUUGUCCGACUUUGGUCUUUCGAAAGAAUUUCCUGUGAGAGGCGAUAUGGGCGGUAGUUCUACACCACCUCCAGGUCAUUCUAGCAAGGACGGAAAAGGUCAUUGGAUGAGCAUCUCGGAAGACGCAAGAAGUACUUCAUCUGCAUCUGGAUCUGACGCUUUUUCCACUUCCGGUGGUCGCAGGAGUAGAUGGAUGGACGAUCGGGAUGUGACAACAACCUUUUGUGGUACGGCCGAAUAUCUUGCUCCCGAAGUGAUCCAAGGCGCUGCUUAUUCGUACGAAGUGGAUUGGUGGAGUUUCGGAACAAUGUUGUACGAAAUGUUGACCGGUAUCACGCCUUUCUGGGCCGACACACAUGCUGAUAUGUAUGUCCGUGUCUUGCACGAUGAACUGGUGUUCCCCGAUGAUCGUGUACUUGAUCAAGAUACAAAGAGUAUCCUACGUGGAUUACUUCAACGCAAUCCGAUGCUACGUAUGAAGGAGCCAAGGAUAAAGAAGCAUCCAUACUUUAGCAUGAUCGAAUGGGAUCACGUAUUCAAUAAACGCUACAUUCCCCCUUACAUUCCGCCGACCAAUCCUUUGGAUGAAACUGAUACGCAAAAUUUUGAUGAAACUUUCUUGGACAUGAAACCAGUUGUCAACGGAGGUGAAGAAGGCGAAGGUGAGAAUGACGAAGAAGGGGAAGAAAACGGAAACGAACAAAAAUCCGGUCAAACAUCCAAAGAUAUCGAUGCCAUGGUUGCUGCCAGAAGAGCGGCGAGUGAUGGUAAGAGCCUCUUUGAUGGCUACUCUUUCCGUGGACGCAAAGACUCUGGAUCCAUUCGUUCGUCAAUCUUUUCUAGUGAACAAAGUGAUGAUAUUCUUGCGCCUGCCAAUAAUUCGGCCAAUACUACUGCCAGUACAGAUUCAACGUCAGAACCCGUUUCUAAGAAACAUAUUGUCGAAGAGGAUGACGAUGAUGCCGCCGCUCGUGCAGCUGUGGCAGCAUUGGAUCAUCUAGAACGUGAAGCGGCAUUAAGUGAAGCCAAUUUGUCCAAUCCGCCAACACCUUUGCGAGGAGGUACAAAAGAUGAAGCCCGUUCAGCCUCACCUACCAAGCCACCACGCAGUGCAACACAACAAAAGACUGUCAAAAUUGGCGUUCCACCUGCAACAAUCACUGAGGCUGAUCGUGAAGAGGAUGAUGAUGACUGGGAUAUGGUUGAUGCUCCUACUACAGGUGAACAGUACAUGUCCGAGAUCAAUGGCGGCAAAGGACAGAAUUUGUUCGCACGUGGUGUCGUUGAUACGUAUAGGCUUCUUAGAAGACAAGAAUCUUCCAGAUUACCCUUGGCUCCAAGCUAUUCUGGCAGGUCCACGUUCAAUCGUCUUUCACGUAAACAGAAACCUUCUGGACGAGAAAGUGGUGGAAGCGUAUCAACAAAAGGACGUACCAGUAAUGCAAAUUCAGGCAAUCUGAACGUAGGCAACGAAAGUGCAGUCUCUUUAGGCAGCAAGAAUGGCAAUGAGGGUCAUUUAAGCGCCACAGGGGCGAACAAUGAAAGUGAUGCUUCACUAGAUGAAGCCAGUCAACAAACCAAAGCUGGCUCUCCAAGUCUUGCCAGUUCGGAUGAAGUGAAUUCUGCCGACAGACUUAAACAACAAAAGAUCAAAAAGAUGAAACGGUUUACAAACUUUUUCGAAACAAGUAGAUAA